UAAAUAAAAUUGACCUAAAAAUGAUAUGUAUUUUCUGAUUUCACUAAAAGUCGCUUGUGAUUAAAUGCAAAAUGCUCAUAUUCUAAAGCAGAUUUUGAAAAAGGAAAGAUGUGCUGAGGAUUCAUUAAUAUAUAUUUUGAUAUUAAUAGACACCUAUCUAUCACAUUCUCAUAACAAAUUUUCUAGCAUGUUCUUGCUCACUUUAGACUAAUCAUUUUGAGCGAAAGAAACGGUGACGGCGACGAUAGUAAGGAAACGGUGACAGUGACAUAUACGGCGACGUAUAAACUUUUUGGUCAUUUCCCUCCUCUUCUCAUUGUAGUAUGUCCACUCAAAAUUUGAAAGAUAAAGAAGAUCUCAUCCUGCCUUUGAAGUGGAAGCCUGGUGAAGAUCGCAUGAGUAAAUUGUUACUGAGUGAUCCAAAAAUCAUAAAUCUGGUUGUUCAUUCUUUAGUUGAUGCAAGUAUUCCUGCCAAUAGCUAUAUUCCAGCCCAAACUGAAUGGACUGAUACCCAAGGUGUAUAUACCUUGUAUGCUUCGCGAGAAAAGAAUGAUGACAGACUUGCUCCAGUACUUGUUGCUGUUCACGAGGAAGUUACCCAUGUUACAAUGUUGGACACUAUUGAGUACUGUACGAUGGUUUAUGGAAAAUUUAGGCUUUUGCCUACAGUUUUAAUUAUCUCUAUCAAUGGCUUGUCUAGUUUGAUGGAUGAUAACGAAUUCAGUGUUGUUGACGACUUAUUUUUAGUGCAAUGUAAGUCCAACUUUUGGGCGCGGAAAUGUUUUUUGUUUUUUCCUGAUUCAGUCAACAAAAGUGUGACUAAUACGCCUAGACCUUCACUUACGCCAUUGUGUCAGUUUAUAUGUAAUCCAAACAAAACACUUAUCUUUCACCACAAUUUAGAAACUGAAACUAUAAGUUUGACAUGUGAAGUUGUAACAAAUAGAGAAAGUUUAAAUAAAAACUUUUAUUUCGAUAAUAAAGACAUUAAUAAAAACAUU